AUGAUGCUCACCUCCGACCCUGUCUUCGCCAAAGACGACAUCGCCCGCGAAGUCCUACACAGCAAGAACAACACCACCUACGAAACCAAGAACAACGGCAAGAUGUUCGUCGCCAACAAUCACCAACAGAAUCAAGAGCAGGGAAAUGGAAAAAUGGAGACAACAGACAUGAGAGAGUCCAACAACGAGAACCAUCAGCCAGAAGCUGAGAGAAGUGUGAAUGAGAAUAAGGAGGCGAGGGGGAGAAACGAGCGUUUGGGCGGUGGGAUGCGGAUGGGGAGGAGGGAGAUGGUUGAUUAG